AUGGAAUGCUUCGAUUCCCCAGGACUGGGCCAUCAUCUGGCCACACUGGACCUGCAGAGUAAGGCAGCCCCACCAGACCACAUGGACUGAGUGUGAGGAAGGGUAGUUCCGCAAGGGAAAAUCGAAGUGUUCUAAACAGAAGGAGGAAUGGGUGUGGGGCAGGAAAAAUCAACAGACAACUGGUACGAGAUGGGCAGGAGACCCAGAUAAGGGGUUGCAUGCAUAGCAGCCCAUUUGAGUGAUCUUCCCCUCUUACACUGGGUUACUGGGUUGUAUGAAUGCCCUCAAAUCAAUAAAGCAAACAUUUACUGAAUAUUUGCCACGUACAAGGUCCAGCGCCCUUCCACGUAACAGAUGGACAGCAAGACUUGCUCCUGCCACCAGCCCUGGAGGACGAAGAGGGCCCAACAGGACAUCAUACUGUCGAAAUCCACUGUGUGAGCCAGGAUCCUCAGGGGGCUCUGGUGGGGGCCAUACCUCCAGUGCGUCCGUCACCAGUGUCCGUUCCCGCACCAGGAGCAGUUCUGGGACGGGCCUCUCCAGCCCCCCUCUGGCCACCCAGUCGGUCGUGCCCCUACAGCACUGCAAGAUCCCCGAGCUGCCAGUCCAGGCCAGCGUUCUCUUCGAGCUACAGCUCUUCUUCUGUCAGCUCAUAGCCCUCUUCGUCCACUACAUCAACAUCUACAAGACAGUGUGGUGGUACCCGCCUUCCCACCCGCCCUCCCACACCUCCCUGAAUUUCCACCUGAUCGACUUCAACUUGCUGAUGGUGACCACCAUCGUUCUGGGCCGCCGCUUCAUUGGGUCCAUCGUGAAGGAGGCUUCUCAGCGGGGGAAGGUCUCCCUCUUUCGCUCCAUCCUGCUGUUCCUCACCCGCUUCACCGUUCUCACGGCAACAGGCUGGAGUCUGUGCCGCUCCCUCAUCCACCUCUUCAGGACCUACUCCUUCCUGAACCUCCUGUUCCUCUGCUAUCCGUUUGGGAUGUACAUUCCGUUCCUGCAGCUGAACUGUGACCUACGCAAGACAAACCUCUUCAGCCACAUGGCCUCCCUGGGUCCCCGGGAGGCCGUCAGCGGCCUGGCACGGAGCCGGGACUACCUGCUGACGCUGCGGGAGACCUGGAAACAGCACACGCGGCAGCUGUACGGCCCGGAUGCCAUGCCCACGCACGCUUGCUGCCUGUCCCCCAGCCUCAUCCGCAGCGAGGUGGAGUUCCUCAAGAUGGACUUCAACUGGCGCAUGAAGGAGGUGCUGGUCAGCUCCAUGCUGAGCGCCUAUUAUGUGGCCUUUGUGCCUGUCUGGUUUGUGAAGAACACGCAUUACUAUGACAAGCGCUGGUCCUGCGAGCUCUUCCUCCUGGUGUCCAUCAGCACUUCAGUCAUCCUCAUGCAGCACCUGCUGCCUGCCAGCUACUGUGACCUACUGCACAAGGCCGCUGCCCACCUGGGCUGCUGGCAGAAGGUGGACCCAGCGCUGUGCUCCAACGUGCUGCAGCACCCGUGGACAGAAGAAUGCAUGUGGCCGCAGGGCGUGCUGGUGAAGCACAGCAAGAACGUCUACAAGGCAGUGGGCCACUACAACGUGGCCAUCCCCUCCGACGUCUCCCACUUCCGCUUCCACUUCUUUUUCAGCAAACCCCUGCGGAUCCUCAACAUCCUACUGCUGCUGGAAGGUGCUGUCAUUGUGUACCAGCUCUACUCCUUAAUGUCCUCUGAGAAAUGGCACCAGACCAUCUCCCUGGCGCUCAUCCUCUUCAGCAACUACUAUGCCUUCUUCAAGCUGCUGCGGGACCGCUUGGUAUUGGGCAAGGCCUACUCCUACUCGGCCAGCCCCCAGAGGGACCUGGACCACCGGUUCUCUUGAGCCCCAGGGUAACCCCCAGGGACAGCAGCCAGGCUUCUGGCAGGAGCUCUCUGGGAAGGGGCUGUUGGGGAGGGUUGGGUGAGGGGGCAAAAGAAAAAAAAAAAAACCAGAAAAACGGACAAAAAAAGUGACCAGAGCUUUGUAUUUUUGUUACAUACUGUUUCUUUCUUUGAUAAUUGAUGUGAUUAUGAGGGGGGGAAAAAGUCCUAUUUUUAUACUCCCAUUAA